AAAAAAAAACUCAACCAUUCAAAAUAAUUGAUUUAAAAUGGAAAAAGGAAACGAAACUAAAAUUAAAAAGGUUGGAUGAAUUGGAUCAUUCCAUACUUCGUGUAAUCAUUAAAGCCAUCAAUAUCGGUUCCUGUUUACCAAAUUAAGCGAAUCGAGUGCUCUUUGUUGUCGCACUACAGCACCAGCUUUCUUCUUUUUCAUCAAGGGAAAAAAGGUUAUAUUCAUGCCUGGAGCAAAAACUAUGGUAUGUUUUAAGAUAAUUUUUUUAUUCUUUGAUCAUAAGAUAAUUUAGACUGAACAGAAAGAAUAAACAAACAAAACAUCGACGGCAGUUCGCUGAUCGCCGCCGCCGCCGCUCAUUGCUCCGCCAGCUUUCGCCCCCUCACCGCUCACUGCCAAUCGUCUUCCCCCAGAUGCCCCUUCCCCGCCCUCACCCCUUCUCAUUUCCAUGGCUCCACCCGAACCACGCUAUUCAGGUUGCAGUUUUCACAAAUACGUGUGUGAGGAAUACCCCACCUUUUGAAGAUCAUUUUGGGAUGAGUUAGGUACAAUCUAUGCUCCCAGGUUGUUCUUCUCUUGCUUGCUCCGAAUAUUUUUCCAGAAAGAUCGGUUCUGUAAUCCAAAUCUGAAGUAUAAAGGUGUACAAAACAGUUAAAAUAAUUUAUCAUACAAAAAAUGUGUAGAAGCCCUAUUGGGCUUCAUCGACGGCUAUUGAUCAUCCGUUUCCGAUUCUCAAAUGUUUGCUCAAGAAUUCUUCGUCUAGUAACCCUAGGAGGUGCAAAGAUGUUGGGGUGCAAAUGUUUGUCCUGGACCCAAGUUGCCUGUUUCUCUAAGCAGGAACAACAAACUAUCUCUUUACCGGCGCCGAUUCCUGAAUGGCCCCAAGGCACCGGGUUUGGUACUGGAAUAAUUAAAUUGGGUGAGAUAGAGGUUUGUCAGAUCAUCAAAUUCGAGUUUGUAUGGGGAAGCAACUUGUCAUCAUACGGUGGUGGUACGCAAGGGGUUAGCUUCUAUAAACCGACUGGAUUACCACAAGGAUUUUUCAACCUUGGUUAUUAUGCCCAACCUAAUGCCAACCCUUUGCAAGGUUUUGUUCUAGGGGCUCGUGCAGUUUUGAAAUCAAAUCAUGGGGAUGAUUCCCCCCCUCUACAAGAUCCCGAGGAUUACACGUUACUUUGGUGUUCAAAUGAUGGACCAGAUGAUGAGUUUGAUGUGUCGGGAUACUUCUGGCUACCUCAACCGCCAGAAGGCUAUAAAUCUUUGGGCUUUGUGGUGACUAACAAACCCGCCAAGCCCGAACUAUGUGAGGUCAAAUGUGUCCGAGAUGACCUCACAGAUCCUUGUGAAACCCACCACGUGAUGCUGAAAACAUAUUCUAAGUUUUCCCAAACACCUAUUUUAGUUUGGAACACGAGACCUUGUUAUAGAGGAAAGCAGGGUAGAGGUGUUUCGGUGGGCACAUUUUUUUGUAGUGAAUAUUUGAGCUUGAGGGAAGAGUUAGGUGUUGUUUGUUUGAAGAACUUUGAUGAAGCUCUCCAUGCAAUGCCAAAUCUUGAUCAGAUACAUGCACUCAUAAGGCAUUAUGGUCCGACUGUCUUUUUCCACCCCGAUGAGGUCUAUCUCCCCUCUUCUGUUUCUUGGUUCUUUGAAAACGGAGCAUUGCUCUGCAAGAAAGGUGAUGGAAGUGAGACCAUUGACCCCGAAGGUUCCAAUUUACCUGCAGGUGGGACAAAUGACGGGGAAUAUUGGAUUGACUUGCCUAGAGAUAGUCGUAGAGGUGCAGUCAAGCAGGGGAAUAUACGGAGUGCAAAACUCUAUGUUCAUGUAAAGCCGGCCAUGGGUGGUACAUUUACUGAUAUAGUAAUGUGGAUCUUUUGUCCCUUCAAUGGGCCAGCUACCCUGAAGGUCGGGGUACUAAACUUUGUUUUGGGAAAAGUUGGUCAGCAUGUUGGGGAUUGGGAGCAUUUCACGCUCAGACUGAGCAAUUUCACAGGAGAGCUGCAGCGCAUAUACUUCUCACAGCAUAGCGGGGGCGAAUGGGUAAACAUAUAUGAUCUAGAAUUCAUUGAAGGGAAUAAAGCCGUCAUAUACUCAUCCAAACAUGGCCACGCCAGCUAUCCUCAUCCGGGGGUAUACAUCCAAGGAUCCUCUGCGCUCGGGGUUGGUAUCAGGAAUGAUGCUUCCCGCAGUAAUAAUCAUGUGGACUCGAGCGUUUGUUAUGAAAUUGUUUCAGCGGAGUAUCUUGGGAAUGGGGUUGUUGUUGAGCCGUGCUGGUUGCAGUAUAUGAGGGAGUGGGGCCCAACGGUUGUGUACGAUUCGAUGGGCAACCGUUUGCCUAUGUCGCUUAGAGUUUCAGCGCAGAGUAUUUUCAAUAAGUUGCCAGGGGAACUGUGCGGGGAAGCAGGUCCUAGCGGGCCGAAGGAGAAGAACAAUUGGACGGGUGAUGAGAGAUGGUGACUUUAUAUUAUGCUUUUCCCACUGUAUAUAGGUAUCUCUUAUUCCACAUUAGAUGAGGUUAGCGAAUUUAACAGUGUUGUGUAUAUUAUUCCUCACUUUAACUGAACUGAAGAGGCUACGAAAGUGAGUUGAGUAAAUUUAGCUCAAAUACGAAUAGAUGUAAAAAAUCUUGUUCAGCUUGCUAGUGGAAUUUGAGUCUCAUCGCAUGCUGCAAC